AUUUUUUAAGUCACCUGAAUGGACGAUCUCAAAACUUGUUCGAAAAUAUAACAGAAUGAUUUUUUAAAAAACUUUACGACGAAAGUUAAAAAAAAAAGAAAAACCUUCGAGCACGUGAUAUGGGCAUACCUCGUUUGUCAGUCAAGAGAUGUUUUAUUUACAUGACAUGUGCGACAUGUAUGAUUCUGGUAGUGAUGAAUGUGCGUCAAAAAGAACUCUGGCAUUCCUUUAAACUUGAGCCAGAACAAUCGCAACUUCCACAUGUGAAUUCUGAAUUGAAAAAGAUACUGAAUUCAAGUGAAACAACGGACUUGAUCAACAAUUCUGUUGUGAAAAUAUUAAAUUCAUCAAAAAAACCAUGGUUUAUGAAAGGUGGUUCACGUCAACCAUCACCUGCACCAAAGGUUGAAACGAAAGAAAGAAAACGGAAUCGUCUGUGGCCUGACGAUGAUUCUGAUGAUGAUAGAAUCACGAAUCAGUUAAUGUACGUGCCAUCAGAUUACAAUAAAACGUUUGCUAAAAAUCAUCCGAAGAAGAUUAUGAUUCCGCAUGGUAUGAAUGAGGCAAAAACUGGUAGUGAUGUAUUCAUACAGCUGGGCUGCCCAAUCAGCACAUGCGUGAUUACAAGAGAUGAUCCAGAAACUGCAGAUUUAAUACUAUUCAAAGACUAUGUUACACAUGUAGGCCAUAGACCACCUAAUCAAGUUUGGGCAUUAUAUUUUCUUGAGUGUCCUUAUCACACACAGACAGUUAAAAAUGCUAUUGUCAAUUGGACAGCAACAUACAGACGAGACAGUGAUAUUGUUGCACCAUAUGAAAAAUGGCAAUACUAUGAUUCGCAUGUUAAACAAUUAUCGCAAACCUUUAACUAUGCUAGUAAUAAAACUAAGAAAGUGGCGUGGUUUGUAUCAAACUGUCAUCCACGUAAUGAACGUAUGUUAUAUGCCAGAGAAUUAUCAAAAUAUAUUCAAGUUGAUAUUUAUGGUGCUUGUGGCAAUUUACAUUGUUCAAGAACACAUGCGUGCUUUCGAAUGUUAGAUAAUGAUUACAAAUUUUAUCUUGCAUUUGAAAAUUCAAACUGUCAAGACUAUAUAACUGAAAAGUUUUUUGUCAAUGGGCUUGGACACAAUGUGUUACCAAUUGUUAUGGGAGCACGUCAACAAGAUUAUGAAAAAAGUGCACCUUAUAGGUCAUAUAUACACGUUGAUGAAUUUCAAUCAGCAAAAGAACUUGCCAGUUGGCUACAUCAUCUUGAUGAAGAUGAUGAUUUAUAUAACUCAUAUUUCGAAUGGAAAGGAACUGGUGAAUUCAUAAAUACAUACUUCUGGUGCAGAUUAUGUGCAAUGAUACAUGACAACUAUCCACCAAAAUAUUACAAUGACAUUAACGAAUGGUGGCGUGGAGAUGGUAUUUGUACAUUAAAAUCAUGGCGAGAAAAAUCGAAGCAAAUGACAUAGCGACUAAUAUUUGAUUAAAACAAUAUUUUAAUUCUUAACAGUUAAGAUGUUAUACUUGGAAUCAAAUUAACCGUAUUCAUUAUAAUUCAUUUGUGAUUAUUGCUCAAUUAUGUUUGACUAUUUAUCAAUUUGAUAAGUUAUCUUUGCUGUUGCGAUCACCAGCAAGAGUAUAUUAUCAGACUCUAAAAUAUGUUAUGUUGUUUAUUAUUUUGUUGUUAUAUUAAAAAAUUAUGCUAAAAAUGUCUGAGUUGCUCAAAAAAUUGUAAUAUUGUCGAGUUCAUAAUGGUCGUUUUUUAUUUACCUUGCAUUUUUAGCUGUCUUCGUUGUUGUUCAUUUAUGACAUGAAACAUUUGAACAUAUUUUUCCUGUUAUCUUUGAACUUCAUUUAUUCGAUGUUGAUUAGAAGAAUUUUUUAUAACCUAUAGAUCCUGAGUUCGAAUUCGACUGCUGGGUGGAAAGCACAAGCUGAUUGUACUUCUAAGGUUUUUCAUAGUUUCCUGGAUAGAAAUCGAGAACAGUGUUGAAUAUAAAAAAUUCAACAUUCAUGACUGUCACAAAAAAAAAAAAAAAAAAAAAAAAUAACGAAGGAAAAAAACGAAAAAAAAGUAUUUGAACUCCCAGGAAAAGAAAGUUAGAACUAUAACAAUAUCAGCUAUAUAAAAUUAAUUUGAUAAGAAAAUGUUGGUAACGAAAUCGUUGUCUAUUGAAAAUUAAAAAUUUUAGAGAACUUCAGUGGUUUGAGGUUAUACUGUUGGUUAAUAAAUUUUUUUAUUAGAUUCGUUCAAGUAAUAAAUCAACAAAAUAUUUUUUGAAAAACUGUUUUCUUUGAUGAUUUGAUUCAUAAAUUUGUUCUUUGGCAACUUUAGAUUUUUUUUUUUGUGAGAAUAGUGAACCAUUUUACCGAUCAAGCAAGAAAAAGGUCCACAGCAGAGAAAGUUUGACGCAUGCGCGCAUCUCUGUUUCUUUAAGAAAAAAAUUGAAAAAAAAUUCGUAAUUGUUCAGACAUUGAAUAACUUUUGAACAAAACAAUAUAGAAUAUUUCUAUAAAGCAUGUAAAAUAGAAUUGUACCAAGGCGGGUUCUGGGACAAAUUGAUAUCAAGCCCCCCCCCCCGCAGGCGUUGGACGACGAAAUUAGUCUCGCAGUUUUUCGCGGUCGCUUAAGACGUUAUUUUCUUUUUAUUUUUUUUGAAAAUAGUAAUGGUAAUGAUCGUUGGUUGCAUACAGUUUGAACCUUUGGAAUAUUUAGUUUAAUUUUAUAAAAUAUUUCUAUUAGCUAAAAAACAGAAAUUUAUUUUAGAACAUUUCAAAAUUGUAUCCAAUAUUGAAUUGAAAAAUAAUAUUAAUUAUAAAUAUAAAUUAAUUUAUUUGAAAGAAUUAAUUGAUUACUAUCAUGAAAGUUUUUUUGUUCGAUUUUUUAUUCAAAUCAUAAAUAAAUCAAUAAAUAAUUGAUAAAGUGCUUAGAAUUGAAUUGGAAGAAAAAAAAUGACAAAAUAGAACAUGGACAUAAGUCUUAGAUACAUCCAAUAUCGUAAAUUCGAUAAAAAUUAGUUUAUCAAACAAAACGGUCGUUAGCUUUAUCUCAAUCAACACUAAAUCAUCAAUUAUGAAAGAACUAUGGAAAUCCGGUUUUGGAUUUAAUGCUCUUGCACUUUAUCUCCCACCGAUUUCGAUACUAUCCUCAUGGUCCUUUGAGUUCUUACAGACUGUAAUGUUUCAAAAUAUUUUGGAUUUAACAAAAAUUUUUAUAAAAUUGCUUAAAUUUCUGAACUCGAUGUCACAGAGUUGCAAAAUGUUUGGGAGGGCAAAGCGCCACUGGCGUGGUACUAAUAGAAUGGGUAUAAGCAGAGUGACGCUGAAGGCGAAAAGCUUCUCAGAAGUGACGUAUAUUAUACGGAAACAUUUAGUGCCCUCUGUAUUGAACAUGGCGUCUGGCGGUCUGGUUAUGAAUAUUAUUAAUGUUUGUUAUAAUAAACAAAGUGACACACAGGAAAGAAAAGUAAAAUAGCAGUAUGAACCAACUGUUUUUAAUCAAAAAAAGUGAUAAAUUACAGUGAGUAUAUGAUUAAUUUUAUAAAUAUAGUUCAAUCAAAGUAUGAGACGUGUAGUAAAAUUGUAUUUGUUGUUAUUAUUUAAUUUCAAUUAUACAAUUGAAAUUGAGUUUUUUUUAUAUUACAAAAAUGUGUCAAUAUUUGUUAUUUAUUAAUAAGUUUAGUAUGAAGUGGGAAGUAAUUGAUUUAUUUUUAAUAUAUGUAACAGGUAUUUAGUAAGAUGGGAUAUUGUGCUGUACCAGGAUGUAAAAAUACCACAAGGUAUCAUGUAAAAAUGAACAUGCUUCGAAAGGAUAAAAGUAGACAAGCACAUUGAGUACACGGUGCUGGUUUAGAUAUUACAAAACUCAUUGCGCAAUCGUUUAUCUGUGAGGUAAACAUAUGAUAAUUAAUUAUUUAAGUAAAUAAUUUUUCAAAGCUAAUAUUAUAUUUGAUAUUAAUUACUAUCUUAAAUAUAUGUUGCUCAAUAUGUUAAAUUCUAAUUUUGUAUUCUAACAUAAGUCAAUCUUAUUAUAAUAAAUAAAGUUUAUGUUUUGUAAAUGUUUUGUGUUUUGUUAAAUUUAAAAAUGCACGUGUCACUAUUAAAUAAUAUUUUGUUUCAAAAAAAUAAAAUAUACAAGAAACCACCUCCAGAACUUGCAUUACUGUUGGAUAAAAGUAUGAGAUAUUUGAAGAAUAAAUCUAAAAGCACAGGAAAA